GUGUUUUUGUUUGAGUUUACAGAAGUUUUUCGCAAAUCUAGCUUCCAGAGUGAAAGAGUUGUACAAGGGAAAUGUUAAAGGAAGGAUCUGGAAGGUGUGGUGUGAUGUGGAAGGAUAGGUUGUGACCCUGAGCAGACCUUUUACCAUGCUCUCUAAAGACGCGUAUUCCCACACCUGCUUCUACUCUGUGAGCUCUCAAACCUCGACCUGUGGUGGCUAACUUGUGACACAUGUGCUGCAGCAGGCUGCUGUAUCAGUUGAAAGCUCUAAAACGUUCACCAUAACUGACCUGUCUACAAACUUGGUGUCUCAUGAGAAUCCUUUUAUCUCAUUAUUGGAAACAUUAGCCAAAGUAUUGCAGGGUUGUAGCAAGAUGGAAAAAAAUUGAUUUAAAUUACAAAAGUGACUUUGACCAAUCUCACCAGAUAUGCAGCAGUCAGGCACAUCUUCCCUUUUCAGCUUUCUGUUUUGCACAUUUAAAAGGGUUUUUGCUUAGUUUUUAAGAUCAGUUGGGUGAUCCUGAAGUCAACUUAGGAGGAACUUUGUUUUCAGAUUUGGUCACUUUCUCUCUGUACUUUGUAGUGCUGCGAUUCAAACCCUGAGUGUUACACUUGAUAAGCAAGAGUUACAGCCCUAGAACAUUGCAUUAAAAUAUCUUGUCCUAAGAAUACAUGUCCUUUGUUACCCCUAAUAUUUUUUGUGCAUUAUGUGACAUAAAAGGAUGAGUAAUAGGUAGUUUUCCCACCUAAUGUCAGUAAUCUAUCCCUGAAAAUCAGAAUUUCUGCAGAAAAAUAGUGGCAGGAUAUUUUGGCACAGGGGAUCAAACUCAGGACUUUGCGCUUGCCGCGUUGGUGCUUCUGCCGCUGAGCUAGAUCCCCGGCCCUCAGUCCUUAAUAUGUGAAAUGUUUUCAGGAGGGCAAUCUAGGACUUCACCUCCCUGUUCUUGCAUGACUUUCCCACAUUUGUCUUCUCUCAGCUGUCCCUCCAGAGUCCUCUAUGUGUUUCCAAGAAAAACAGAAAAUGAAGUAGCCUUCAUUGAGUUGUUCAUUCCUGACCUUGUUUUAUAUUUUACCACCUUUAUGGUAUCCAUGGAUUAAAAUGGAAUUGUAGGAAUGUGUAAAAGUCAGCACUAGGGAAAUGGACAUAAAUAAGAUUGAGUUGGUCUGUAGAUAAAGACGAGAGUCAUCUGUGGUGAGCGCAAUGUCUGUGGCCUUUCUGAAGCCAUGGUAAAUAACAAACACAUUUGGUACAUGUUUUCAACCUCUCCAAACUUCCUCUUGCUGAGCACAUAACAAACAUCCCCUCUUCUCCUCAGCCCAGAUGAAUGAUGGAGACAGUACACAGAUGCUGGUCCUAGGGAACAGAAGCCCAGUUUCCUUUCCAACAGAAAAGGGACAAAGAGCUAAAGAUAACUCAAGUGUGGAGAUCUGCAUUCUCUCUCUAUUCUUUACUAUCAAAAAAUCCUUACCCACCUGUACAAGUGAAUUAGUGUUUUGAGGCAAAUGGGCCCCUCUACCUCGUUGGAACAAGCUUAUAAUAAAUCUUUUUACCAAAGUAUAUGGCCUCCUUUGGUUUGGUCAAAAGCGAGGAAAUGAACUUGAGCAUAGGAAUCCAGGUGGCUGGUGACAGGAGGGCAGGCCUUUCUGCUGCAUUCUGAUUUCAUUUCCUUUGGACACUCGAAUCUGGUAGUGAAACUGUUGGGUGAUACAAUAAUUUCAUUGAAUUGUAUGAGGGACUUCCAUGCAGCUUUCCAUACUGACUGUAUGAAUGUUUACUUCCCACUAGCAGUGUGUAAGGACUUCCUUUAACCCACAUCCUUAUCAGCACUUCUUAUCCUUUAAUUUAUUGAUAACAGGUAUUAGAGUGACCUGUAUUCAUUGUAAAUUUUUUUUUUUUUUUUUUUUUUUUUUUGUAGCUUAGGAUGGCUUCGAACUCAUGGCAAUUCUCCUACCUCAGCCUCCUGAGUUGUGGGGAAUCCAGCCAUGUACCACCAUGUCCAGAAAACUGAGCUAUAUUGUCUCCUUUCUUCCUUCACGUACAUUGACAUUUUGUCUAGAUCAUUAGCAUGGCAUGUAUUCAUACUUAUUUUUCUUCAUCCGAGAUCAUAAGCUCCUUUAAGUCAUAAUUUUAUUUACAUUUUAAAUCCUAGCAAUAAUGGUGGCUUUAGAUUUGUAAAGUAAACUCUAUAAACUAUAUUUAGUAGUAAAUAAAUAUUUUCAAUGCAGGCUAGUUUUGUGACCCUUCUCCCCCCACAUACAAAGCAAGCUGUGUAUUGCAAACAGUGCCUCCUAUUCACUUGAAAGCCAGACUUUGUGGUUCCUGUUGUUGUGAACAGGGCGGAGGAGUAAGAAAUGCUGUGUUACAGGUAUUGGUGUCCUUUGAUGAUGUUUUUGUGAACUUCACACGGGAGGAGUGGCAGGUCCUGGAUGAUGCUCAGAGGACCCUAUAAUACAGGGAGUGAGCUAGAUACCUAUAACAGCCUGGUGCUGCUGGAACAUUGUAUCACCAAACCUGAAGUGAUGUUUAAACUGGAGCAAGAAGCAGAGCCAUGGAUGGGAGAAGAACCCCCAAGUCAGAGGCCUACAGAUGUCUAGAAAGUGAUGGCGUGAUGGAAGGCAGCCACGAGUGUCAAGGCAGACCUCUGUGGCAAGUUGUUACUGCCAACAACAGAGCAGCUGAGGAGAGAGUCAAAUUAGGACUUGAGCUCAAAGUUCUUGAGUCGAAUUUUGAUCUGAGCUCGAACCCUGUUUUAGAUUUGAGAAUAAACCCUGGGAACUGUUCAGCAGGGGAGCAUCUCCCCAAUGAGCCUGGCGAGAUGGGCGCUGGAGAGAAACCAAAUCAGUGUCAUACAACUGGGAAACCCCUGAGGCGUGCUGUGCAUUUUGGUCAGCAUUCCAAGCUUCCACCUGGGCAGCCGGAUUUUCAGUAUACUGGACAAUGGAAAGCCUUCACCAAGGAGGCGAAAUUACCGAAGGAGUGUAUUACACAUAGCAGGGUUCCUAUGGGCCAGGCCUGCUGGGAACAUGACGAAUCUGGGAAAACCUGUGGGAAGUCAGCUCUGGUUGCUACGGUAGGAUGGAAAACUCUUUAUCCCAACUGUGAUCUCACUGCACGUCAGAUGUACACAGGGGAGAAAUCCUGUGUAUGUGGUGAAUGUGAGAAAACCUUCCUUAUCCAGCAGAAGAAAUAUUCAGAGAAGGAGCCCUAUGCAUACGAGCAGUGUGAGAAAUGGUCCCACACUGAGUCAGCCAUGACUGUGCAGCAGAGUUUCCCUGUUGAGAAGCCCUAUGAAUGUGAUGAAUGUGGGGAAGCCUUUCCCACUAAGUCAGGCCUCGUGAGGCACCAGGGCAUUCAUAGUUGGGGGAAACUGUAUGAAUGUAAAGAAUGUGGGAAAACUCUGUGCCGUAGGUCAUCUCUCACCAUUCAUCAGAAAAUUCACAGUGGGGAGAAGCCCUAUCAAUGCACUAAAUGUAGAAUAGCCUUUCGAAAGAAGUCACAACUCCAGAGGCACUGGCGAAAAAUUCACAUGGAAGAGAAAAUCAAUAAAUGUAAUGAAUGUGGAAAAAUUUUUCCCAACAAGGCAGACCUUUCGAAGCAUUGGCAUACUUAUACAGGUGAGAAACCCUAUAAAUGUGGGCAGUGUGGCAAGUCUUUUGGACAGAAGACAUACCUCACUAAACACGAAACAGUCCACACUAGGGCAAAGCCCUAUGAAUGUAAUCAGUGUGGAAAGUGCUUUGGCCUGAAGACUUACCUCACUCACCAUCAGGUAAUACACAGUGGGAAGAAACCCUAUAAAUGUAAUGGCUGUGAAAAAGCUUUUUACUUUAAGUCAUACCUCACUAAACAUCAGAUGACACACACCGGGCAGAAACCCUAUGGAUGUAACCACUGUGGAAAAACUUUUCGCCAAACCUCACACCUCCGGAAGCAUGAGAGAACUCACCAUGGGGGAAGCUUCUGUGAAGGUGGGAAUACUUUCUCCAGUCACACCUCUGCAAACAGGGAAUUCAUAUAGUGGAAAAAUCUUGUGUGGAAGAGACUAGCUGUGUGCCCUCCAGAAACCAUUUACUCUUCUCUAGGAAACAGCCUGCAAUUCCUAUCCUUGCCUUAGUGUGGCUUUUCAUUGAGCAGUUUCUGCCUGGGGCAUGCAUACACAUGUGAUGAACAUAACAUACCAUCCCGGUAACAUAAUGACAAUGAGCAUGCCAUCCUCUCACAUUUCUAAAGUUUUUUGAGACUGAAGAACUACUGACCUUCAGGAUGACCUUGAAGUAGACGUGGGAGAUGUUCACUGUGAUUUCAGAUAGAUGAAGAGAACAUAGAUCUUUCAGCUUUGCCUCAGCACUUCUUAUUUUUUACACAAAUGAGAAAUAGUCUGCUACUUUGUCUAUGACCUGUUUGCACCAAUAGCCCGCUGUUACUGAGUCACUUUAUGAAUAUGAGAGAGCUUUCUGGGGGAAGUUACUAGUCUGUCUUCAUUCCCAAAUUUAUACAUCAUUAUGCCCAGCAAGCAUAUUGAGAUUUUUCCAACUUAUGUUGCCUAACUAGGAAUUCACACAUACUUUCACACAAGGAAUAAAGGUAAAUAUAAAAGUGUAAAAA